AUAGGGAUACAUUUCGUACGUUACUUUGUACUCUGACUUGGACUCCUUGGAUACGUCUGUUAGAAUCAUUGCGACACUCGUUUCAUCUGAUCGGAACCUGAACCUGUAACCGAAAGCUCCUAACGAUCCCCGCUUCUGAAACGCCGAAUCCCCCCAAAUCUGCUCAUACCAUACCGCCUGGCGCACCAAGAGACAUCCAGUGAAUUCGAGAAAUGGCGGUCCCGUUUCCUGAACUCACGCAAUUCAAGACGAGGGAAGAACAGGAUCAGGAGAUUAGGGUAUCAGAACGACCAUCGGUGUAUCGACAGCUCACUCGAGAAAAACGCACACUCGCACCGAUCCUUGAUCGAAAGAGUGAUGAGACGGACGUCGACCAUGAUGCAGACCAGGUCAAGGGUUACAUCCCGUAUGACGGGGGACUGAAUGAACUGGAAAAGCAGGCGACAAUAGGAGGCAAGACGAUCGUGACCUACCCAGAUGGAGGGUUACAGGCGUGGUUGGUGGUUUUAGGAGGGUUCUUGAUGGUCUUUUCGGGAUUUGGGAUGAUCGGGUCGUAUGGAGCCUUCAACACGUAUUACCACAACCACAACCUCUCCGCCUACCCUCUAUCAGUAACGGCCUGGAUAGGUUCCCUCCAAGCUGCACUCGUCUUCACCCUGGCGAUCAUCGGGGGAUCCAUGUUCGACAAGUACGGACCAAGACCGUUGAUGAUAUUUGGAACGAUCACCUCUUUCGCUGGGUAUCUGGCGCUCAGUUGGUGCACUCAACUUUGGCACUUUUUCUUGGUACAAUCGGUCUUGAUCUCGACGGGUAUGGGAGCCAUGUUCGUUUGCGGUGUUGGCGGCGUUGCAGAUUGGUUUGACGAGCGAAAGGGGUUGGCUACCGGGAUCGUCGUCGGAGGCAGCUCCCUAGGAUCUAUUGUGUGGCCUCUUAUGAUCGCUAACCUCCCUCAACGAGUCGGCUUCGGUUGGACUGUGCGAAUCAUCGCCUUGAUCCAACUCGUCGCAUUGAGCUCCGCUACGCUCCUUAUCCGGACCCGACUGCCUCGUCAACAAGGCAAGCCCUUGUUCAUGCCCAAGACCUUCCUCACCCAUCCGGCCUACACAUGCAUGGCGGCCUCGUGCUUCUUCUUCUCGAUGGGGUUCUUCUUCUUCCUGGUAUACUGUGGACAGUACGCGCUGGAGAUCGGUGCGGGGGACGCCGCGCCCUACGUAUUGAUCGCUUGCAACGCUGCCAGUCUGCUCGGGCGGAUUAGCAGUGGGGUCAUCGCCGAUCGAUUGGGAUACUUCAACAUCCUCAUCCUCGAACUGGUCGUCACUUUUAUCAUCAUCUUUGCCUGGAUGGCAAUCAAAUCGGUACCAGCACUAUUCGUGGCCGCCGUCUUUUACGGGUUGGUCACGGGAGGGAACAUCGCACUACAAGGGCCUUGCGUCAUUGCUGUGACGAAAGAUCUGGGUUGCGCAGGAACCCUGAUUGGGCAACUAUAUGGUUGUCAAUCGCUUGCGCUCCUCUUGGGACCUCCAAUUUCGGGUUACAUCCUUGGGAACGACCCAGCAAAACAGAUGGGCAACUACAAAUAUGCCAUCAUCAUGAACGGGCUUUUGAUGAUGCUGGCGACAGGUUUCGCGAUGGGCGCGAGGUAUUUCCAGACUAGAAAACUUGUCGUUGUGGUAUAGAGCAUCAAGGAUAAUUAGGCAAGAUCUCGCCCGUAUUUAUAUAUAGCUUGGGGGGGGGGGUAGAUGCCGGAAACUUGUAUUCACCACAUUAUUUGCUUCGAGCGCCCUGACAGUCCGGUCUACAUAGCUCGGAGAACACCAAGAUGUAG